AUGGCUCUCCAAGUGCUGGGCAUUACCAUGUCCAUGAUUGGGCUAGUGGGCAACAUACUGAUAUGUGCCUUGCCCAUGUGGAGGGUGACGGCCUUCAUAGGGACCAACAUCGUGGUGGCACAGGUCUUCUGGCAGGGCCUGUGGAUGAACUGCGUGUACGAGAGCACGGGGCAGAUGCAGUGCAAGAUCUACGACGCCCUGCUGGACCUGUCCCCUGAUCUGCAGGCGGCCAGGGGCCUGGUGGUCAUCACCAUUGUGCUGGCCUGCCUCGGCUUUCUCAUAUUCCUUGUGGGCGCCCAGUGCACCAACUGCCUGGACAACCCUCGGGUCAAGGCUCGCGUGGUGCUGGCCUCCGGGAUCACCUUCAUGCUCUCGGGCGUCACCACCUUGGUGCCCGUCUCCUGGACGGCCAGCUCCAUCAUCCAGGACUUCUACAACCCCCUGGUCCCCGAGGCUCUGAAGAGAGAGCUCGGAGCGGCGCUGUACGUGGGCUGGGUGACCGCGGGCUUCCUGCUCUUCGGAGGGGCGGUCCUUUGCACGACCUGCCCACCUGAGAAGGUUAACCACCCCACCAGGUACACGCUGGCGAAGACCCCCACCCACAGCAGCUAUGCGAUAAAGAACUACGUGUGA